AUGCUGGUUGGCGGCGUGCUAGCCAUUAAGCGGGAGCACUUAUUCAAAGUCAAUGGAUUCUCCAACCUCUACUGGGGCUGGGGAGGAGUGGACGACGACAUGGCGUACAGAAUCAAACACAAAAACCUCAAGAUCAUUCGUCCCCCAGCUUCGGUAGCGAGAUACGCAAUGGUCAAACACCACCAGCGACCGGAAUCGCCAAACAACAUAAGGAUGGCUCUGGUGCGGAUGGCCUGGUACCGCAUGAACAAGGACGGCCUAAGCACGGCCAAGUACCGGCUCGUGAGUAAGCAGGUGCUGCCCCUGUACACGCACCUGCUUGUGGGCAUCGGCCACAACCACAAGUGGCACUUCUCCAGCUCGCAGAAGCUCAUAAUCAACCUUGACCACCGGAACCGCCGGCGGCCAUACCCUGCCGGCUGGCUGUGA